AUGCGUGGAAACUGCGGUGUCAGUUUGUGUCGAAGUGGCGAAGCUAUGGAAUUUGCUUUGAGGCAAUGUUGUCGAUCGAUUCGCAUCUGUAAAAUGUUGAUUGAUGCCGAAGUUCUAGGAGACGAGCAACGUGUUUUGUAUGCCAGGUUGAUACCAGAUAUGGCUCAUCGUAGAGUGUUGUUACUCUAUCCUGUUGUAAGCACCGGAACGACCGUGUUAAAGGCCAUAAGCGCUCUCAUGGAUUCUAAAGUGGAGGAAGAGAACAUUUACUUAACAACACUUUUCAUCACACCUCACAGCAUCAAAACUAUUUGCAAGAAGUUCCCACGUGUUACUGUAAUCACUUCGGACGUAACGACUGGAGUUCCGUACAGUUUCGCGAUGAAAUAUUUUGGAACCGACUUUGAUAUUUCUUUGCCGAUGGGUAAUUUCAGUUUCACAUGCUUUUUAUUGUCAAUGUUUUGUUCAUAUAAUUAG